AUGUUAUCUCUCUCUUACAAUCAGUUUUCCGAAAAUAUAUCUGCCCUUCAGAGCUUAAAAUUGCUUGAAUCUUUGGACCUCUCUACUAAUCAGUUCUCUGGAUAUAUAUCUGCACUUAAGAGCUUAACAUUGCUUGAAUCUUUAGACCUCUCUUCUAAUCAAUUCUAUGGAAAUAUAUCUGCCCUUGAAAAUCUAACAUCCCUCCAAUUGUUGGAUAUUUCAAACAAUAAAUUUCACAUCCUAAGCUCAUUAAGACCCUUGUUCAACCUUUCAAAACUCAAGUACCUCUAUGCAGAUAACAACACCAUACAUGCUGAUGAUCAUGAGAUGUCGAAUUCUUCGGCUCCAAGGUUCCAAUUGAGUUCCAUCAGCGUCUCUUGUUGUCGAAGUGUAGGGUCAUUUCCACAAUUCUUGUACCAUCAAAGUGAGUUGCAGGAUGUUACUCUCUCAGACAUAUAUUUCAAGGUGGAUCGAUUCCCGUUUUGGUUGGUGGAAAACAACACGGAGCUAAGGAGUCAGUAUCUGGUGAAUUCGUCUCUGUCAGGGCCUUUUCAAGUGCCAUCGCAUGUGCAUUCUACUUUAUCAUAUUUGGAUAUCUCCAACAAUGCCUUCAGUAGAACAUCCCAGUAA